AGAUGGCCGAGUCAGCUAAUUUCACCCUCCUCUAAAACCCUAAAAAAAAAAAGCUCCAAUCUUUUCCUCAAUUUCUCUUCUUCUCAUCUUGUGUUCAUGUCCGUCCACCACCAUCGCACCCUGUAAAGCAAUAAAGGUUCGAACUUUUGUCAUCUCUAGGUCUUUAUUUUGCGAAUAUAUCUCUAUAUCUUCUUCAGAGGUAGAUAGAAGAAGGAAAAUGGGUGAUACUGAAGAUGAUGCUAGAUACCCUCCAAGACAAUAUGUAAAUCAUCGAUCGGCUUAUCAAUCUACUUCUCGCACGAACCCAUCCAUUCGAAACCCUCCUUAUCAAAUUAACAACAAUUACCGCGAUGAAGACGAUUAUGAAGAUGGAUAUGAAAUGGAAGAGGAAGAAGAAGAUGAACCCAACAGUGAAGAAGAUGAAGCAGGAAAUGGGUAUAAGCAAAAGAAGCGAAAGUUGGAGUCUUUAGUCAACAACUACGAGUUCGUUGCAAGGAAGCCUCAACAAAAUGUUCGAAUUUCCCCUGCUGAUUGGACUGAGCAAGCCACUUCCGAGCUUCUAGAAGCGUGGGGAGAUAGAUUCUUGGAGUUAGGGAGGAAGAGUUUGAGGUCAGAGGAUUGGCAAGAAUUGGCUGAGAAAGUGUCGGAUUCGACAAAGGUGGAUUGGACGGAAUCGCAAUGUAGGAACCGACUAGACACGUUGAAGAAGAAGUACAAGAAGGAGAAAGCAAGGAUGGAUGAAAACUUCUCAAAUGGGUAUAACAGCAAAUGGGGUUUCUUCAAGAAAAUGGAUAUGUUGUUGAAUCCUUCGGUUAGGCAACAAGGGGGUCUUCCUUGCGGGGUUGAUACGGGAGAAUACGUGUUUAUGAACUCGAAGGUUUAUUUGAAUAGGUCAAAUGGAUUGGAUGAGAUGAGGGACAGUCCUGGUGAAUCCGAUGCGUCUGAGGAAGAAGAGGGCUCAGCCGGCUCUAAAAGGAGGAAUGGGGAAGCUGAUGGAACAUCCUUUAGAUUGUUGGCGGAUUCGAUUCAGAAGUUUGGCGAUAUAUAUGAGAAGAUUGAGAGUAGCAAGAGACAGCAAAUGGUGGAGCUGGAGAAGAUGAGGAUGGAUUUCCAAAGAGACUUGGAGGCUCAGAAGAAGCAGAUUCUUGAGAGGGCCCAGGCCGAGAUCGCCAACAUAAGGCAGCAGCAAGAAGAGGACGGCGAUGAUGAUGAUGACGAGGAGGAUGAAGACGACGAUGAUGAUGCAACAGAUGGCUCUGCCCAGAACCAUAAUGGAUGAUAAAAUGCAGGUAUAAGACGAUGUAUCUAUGUCGUUUUGACAACACACAAUUUCCUUAGCUUAUGUUUGCUACUGUCAUGAUUCAUGCUGCUGAAUAAUCAAUCAUACACAAACUGUUAGCAUAAUGCAAAACUAACAACAUGAUUCAUAUAUGAUAUUAGCUUAUCUCA